AUCAAAUUACCUUUAUUAUUUUGCCAUCACGAAAACAGUCAAAACGUGUACGGUCUGCUUCCUUAGCCUCCAUUUUAUAAACACGAAUUACCUCUCAAAUAAAUCGCUUUUAUCUGAUAAUUUAUUCGAAUGGCAGAUUCCCUUUCUUCUGGUAUUAAAAGAGAUUUUUUAACUCAAAUGGGUAAAAUGGGAAAUGGUUUUCAAACCAUCAACGAUAACAAUAUAGAACAAAUCCAAACCAAUGAUGCAAAAAAAGCCAAGGUUGAAAAUAAUUAUCCAGCUUCUAAAGUUGUACAUAUUAGAAAUUUACCUAUUGAAAAUGAAAAUGAAAUUAUACAAUUGGGAAUGCAUUUUGGUCGUGUCACAAAUAUACUAAUAUUAAAAGGUAAAGGACAAGCAUUUUUAGAAUUAUCGGAUGUUCAAGCUGCUAUUAAUAUGGUUGAAUAUUAUGAAAAAACUCCUGUAACAUUACAUAAUCGUCGGAUAUUUGUGCAAUAUUCAAAUCAUCAAGAAUUAAAAACAAAUAACCCUUCUCAUCAGUUAAAUCUCCUUAAUAAUACACCAAAUUUUAGUCAAUCUCAAGAUGGCUCACUACCUAAUUCAAUAUUGAAAAUUACUGUUGAUAAUUUAGUUUAUCCUUUAAACACAGAUGUAUUACUGCAAAUAUUUUUACCAUUUGGUUCUAUAUCAAAAGUCAUAUCAUUUAUAAAGAAUAAUGUAUUUCAUGCAAUCAUACAAUAUAAUGAUGUUGUUGCUGCACAAAAAGCUAAAACAGCACUAAAUGGUCAAAACAUAUAUAAUGCUUGUGAUACACUUAAUAUUGAGUAUUCUGAUCUCUCCAAUCUCCAAAUUAAAUCAUUAGAAGAUAACACGCCAAAUAAGAAUCUCUCAAUGGAUCAUACAGUUAAUCACCUACAUAACAUGUUAAACAAUGUUGGCCAAGGUGGAUCUCCUAUUUCACUACAAGCAGCUGUUUCUUCAUUUUCCCUACAACCAAGUGGGGCUAUGUCACUUAAUUCAUUAAAUAACAAUAUGCUUUCUAAUACUGGUGGCAUUAUGUCUAAUCCACAAAAUGUUACUGUUUUAUUAGUAACUAAUUUAAAUGAGGAAAAAAUAACUGCAUAUUCAUUGUUUGUUUUAUUUGGAGUGUAUGGUGAUGUGUUACGUGUUAAAAUAUUAUAUAAUAAAAAGAGUAAUGCCCUAGUCCAAAUGUCCGAUUUCACCCAACUCAAUGUUGCCAUGCAAAAUUUAAACAAACGAACAUUAUAUGGAAAAGUAAUAGGAGUUGUUCCUUCUAAAAUCCAAAAUGUUCAACUUCCUAAAGAGGAUCAUGCUGAAAGUGAAUUAACCAAAGAUUUUUCAACCUCUCCUUUACACAGAUUUAAAAAACCAGGUUCUAAAAAUUUUCAAAAUAUUGCCCCGCCAUCAAGCAAUUUGCAUAUAUCUAACAUUCCUGCUAGUACAACUGAAGAAUUUUUAGUUAGUUUAUUUUCUCAGGAUGGUAGGCAAGUUAAAAAUUUUAGAUUUUUCCCAAAAGAUCAGAAAAUGGCACUGAUGCAAAUGUCUAACGAGGAAGAAGCUAUUGAGACCUUGAUAGUAUUGCAUAAUUAUAAAAUUGGUGAAUCUUAUAUUAGAGUGUCUUUUUCUAAAGUGUCCUUUUGAGAAUCAAGUCAUAGAUAUUAGACUUGUUUUUUAUGCUUUCUAUAAUAGUAUUGUAUAUAAAAAAUAUUUUCAUUCUUUGUUUAGAUUCGCAGUUAUAUU